CCAAUCAAUCUGUUGCAAAUACAAGACAGGAAAAAACGACCGGAAGUUUACAAGCGUUAACCGAGGAAGCUCACGUUUAGCUAACAUUUUUGUUUUAUUUUUGAUCAGUCGUCGAAAAACACUGGUUAUAAAGAGAGAAGGAUGGUUUGUGAGAAGUGCGAGAAGAAACUUGGUAAGGUCAUCACGCCCGACACCUGGAAGGAUGGAGCACGAAAUACAACAGAGAGCGGCGGGCGUAAGAUAAAUGAAAACAAGGUCCUGACUUAUAAGAAAGCCAGGUUUGACCCUUACAGCAAGACGGGUUUUGCUACCUGCAGGAUCUGCAAGAGCUCAGUUCAUCAGUCUGGAUCACAUUACUGCCAGGGCUGUGCAUACAAGAAAGGAAUCUGUGCAAUGUGUGGAAAGAAAGUUUUGGACACCAAGAACUACAAACAGACAUCUGUGUGACAGCUUGCUGGAUCAGAGAACAGUUCUACUUGUGAAUAACAUAUGUGAGGAUGAAAUUAAAGUGUGCAUUUCUUGUUAAAUGUUUAUUAUUGUUCCACAGUGCCCUGGCACAGACAGUCAUAACCUUUGAUUGUUAUUUCUUACACCUGAGCAAUUCAGGAUGGCUUGGUCUUGUAUUAUAGAGUAUUGUAUAAUUCUGAUGGCACUUUUACAGUGGCCAUACAAAGGGUAGCACUGUCUCCAUGUACACCACCAGUUGUCACUUGUUUCUGAAGUUCAGGCUUCUAGAUUUGUUUGUGUGUGUGUGCAUUUUAAAUGCAGUGACUGGAUUUGGAUUCUUUGCUUUUUAGAAAAUUGAUUUCUGCAUGUAAUAUACGAAGUGUUGCAUAUUAAUAAAGCAUCCAAUAUA